CUUGGCCAGUGACGCACGCACGCACCAUCAGUCUCACUCACUCACUCACUCACUCACACACACACACACGUUCCCCGCCGGUAUACCUUGACAAAAUGCCCUUAAAAACACUUCUAUGGGUGUGUUUAUGCGUAGGAGUGUCUGGAGGAGGAGGAGGAGGAGGAGGAGGAGGAGGUGAAGGAGGUGAAGAGAGAUGCGAUGGAAGAGGCCUCGCUGUGUAUAAACUUGAAUUAAAAACCUCUUGGGCUCCCGAUGUGUUUCCCAAGCAGUAUCCUGAGUGGAGACCGCCGGCUCAGUGGUCCAAAAUCGUAGGCAGGUCCCACAACGCCUCGUACCAGCUGUUUAGUGUGGGCCAAGUCGCCACGGAGGGAAUCAAGCAGUUUGCGGAGACAGGGGAGAGCUCUGUGAUUGAGAGAGAGAAGCAGGAAGGUCUUGGUGUGCUGGACCAGUUUACCGCUCCGCCUGUUCUCCGCGGAGUGGGUGAGACGAGUGCCCAGCUGUUUGUAGACGGGAAUCAUUCUAGGGUGUCACUAAUCUCCCGCGUGGUGCCUUCCCCUGACUGGUUCAUUGGCUUGGACAGCUUCAAUCUUUGCCAUGAGGGAAGCUGGAGGGAAUCUGUGGUCAUUGAGGUGGACCCUCUCGAUGCAGGCACGGACAAUGGGUUCACCUUCACCUCACCUAACUGGCCCACCAUCCCCAGAAAACCCAUCACAAGAAUCACAGCCCAGUCACCAAAUCACCCGGCAAACUCGUUCUUUUACCCAGACAGAGAGAGACACCCGCCCAUCGCUGUCAUUCGUCUGUUCAAGAUCAAGGAAUACAGCCUGACCAAAGUCUUCACCCCAGCCAGCGUCACACCAGAACACUUUGCCAGAAACUUAGGAAGAAGACGACCACGCCCACACCACAGAAACACGGGCGUCCAGGAGGAAACACGUGUGGAAACUGAAGAACCCGGACACAACACCACCCAAGUAAACGCGGGGGAAACAGAAAACGGGAUCUUAGCGCAGAAUGAAGUUGGUGGCAGCGGUGGGAUGAGCGUGGGGCAGGGGGAGGAAGAGGCGGGGAGCAACUCUGGCGGGAUUAAGACACUGCUGAACACAAUCGUGACCAAAUACAAGAAGAAGUACAGAAAGAACAGGCGAGGGAGGAAGAGCGGUCAGAGGAGACAAGGAGGAGGACGCAGGAGAAGAGUUGGAGAUAGACGACGCAUGAGGGCGCCGAGAGACUGCAGAGUGACGGAGUGGGCAGAAUGGUCUCCUUGCAGCAAAACGUGUGGCAUUGGAGAGCAGGUGCGGACAAGGGCGGUGCUGCGGCAGUCACGGCGAGGCGGCAGGGCGUGUCCAUCCCUUCAGGAGACAACUUGGUGCGGAUCCUACAGAGAUUGUGACCUGCCCCACUUCGCCUGGUAAAGAAGAAGGAGGAGGAAGAGGAGGAGGACGAGGAAGAAGAUGAAGGAAAUUUAUGAGAAAGAGGAGGAGGAAGAAUAGGAGGAUGAAGAUGAUGGUUAAAAUUUAUUAGAACGGGGAGGAAGAAGAGGAGGAGGAAGAGGAAGAUGAUGGAAAUUUAUGAGAAUGAGGAGGAGGAGGAGGAAGAUGAUCGUUAAAAUUUGUAAGAACGUGGAGGAAGAAGACGAGGAGGAGGAAGAUUAUAUAAAUGAAUGAAAACGAGGAGGAGGAGGAGGAAGAGGAGGAAGACUCGCGCACCUCCAUACGUUCUUCCCUCUGUUCUCUCUAAUUAUGAAGGGUGUGUUUUUAUUAUUGGAGUUAUUUGUGCCA